AUGGAUUCUGCAGAAGGCAAUUUCAAGAAAGUCCUUCAUAAUGAUGCAAAUGAGAAUGCUAGUAAUGAUGAUAAGGAUAGUGAGUGUAGUGACAGUGAGAAAGUAGGCUUGAUUCCAACAAAGGAAGAUAAAGAGAGUGAGAGUACAAGUGACAGUGAUAAGGAGGAUGAGAUCAGUGACAGAGCUGAAGCAGCUGUAACACAGUUGCUUAAAGAGGAAGAAGACAGAGAAAAAGAAGCCGAAGACCCAGAUUACAGUAACACUUACGGUUUCUCGACCACUGAAGAAGUGACAGAGCAGGCAUCACAAACUGAAAGCAAGGAUUUCAGAAUUCUCCAGCAUGAAUGUGAUUCCCAAAGCCCUGAAAUAAGAAAACAUGUUGAAGUUCUGGAGAAGUUGAGGCUACACAUUUGGGCAUCUCUAUCAAGAGCUCAGUAUGUUAGUCUGUUAAAAGACUUUGUUGAGUCUGAAUUCUUUGUGAUAGAUGGGGAUUCCUUACUACUUACGUUUUUAGAUGAGAAAACACAAUAUCUAAACUACUUCUACCAAAUUGAAUGCUUCCUGCAGGAUUUCACUGAAAAAGGAGCAAAAUACGUCAUUGUUUUCUUCAAGGAUGCAGAACAGAUGUACCUUCCAUAUCCUCAUUGUCUUUUCUUACGUACUGCAUUAAUAGAACACCUGAGGCAUAACACAGGCACCACCAUUCAUACAGAAUUUUCCAAUUGUUUAUCAUCCAAAUGGGAGAUUUUUCUGAGGAAAAACUAUCCUUACUUCAUCGUUGUAUCUGACAUAGGACUGACCUCUCUCCAAACAGACUAUCUAUCUAUUUUAAUUGCUCAUUCAUUGUCAAAGAAAAUCAACAUUGUGCUUGCUUCAGGACAGGAGUAUGAUAUUCUUAGAGUUUAUGGAUAUCAUGUUCAGAGUGUGUAUAAACACAGAUUAUUUUUUCAAAAGUAUGAACAAGAUCUACGAUAUGCCUGUGAAAACCUAGUCAGGUACAAAGAACUAUUCAUGUGUCUAUAUGAACAUCUCAAGCUGAGCCUGAAAAGCAUACAAAAAGAGGUUCACCAGACUGUCUGUCUGUUGAAACAACUGUGGCCUGAAGGAUCUGACAUCCGGCGUGUGGUCUGUGUCCUUGCUUGUGCCGUGGGAUUAAAAAUAUAUAGCAACAUGCUGGACAAUGCAAAUACUUCCAUGGGAGCAAAGACAGAGCAAUCAGCAAGAGGAAGAAGUAAACCCCUGUCUCCAGAAGAAGCAGCAGACCUCUGUAGAAUGCAAUGUCUUACAGUGGCUUUUCUUCUUCAUAUGCCUCUUGCACAGAGAGCUCAGAUUAGGAUCAUGAACUUCUUCUGGACUCAGCAAGUUUUACCAUUAAUAAAAAUGCAACAGUUGUGUACGCAUUUUGCUCUGACACAGCUAAGUGAUACAAAUGAUUGGAAAUUGGAUUUAACUUACCUGCCAGACUUAAAUGAUGAUUCACUGCUUAUAAAUCUUGCACAUUACUAUGAGGUCGAAUACACUAAAGGAUUAGAGUUCGAAAAGGAAUUGGGGAAAGAAAUAGAGAAUGAAUACCAAUGUUUAUGGAACACUGUAACAAAAUUGGCUGUGAAAUACAGUUUUGGAGAUGCUUUCCCACUACGAAAGACCUCCCAACUAUUUCUUGAACGAGAAUCGACAUUAUUUAGAGACUAUAAAGAAGAAAUUCCUAACAUUGGACUAAUCUCAGUGAAAUCUGAUCUUGUUGAAGAAUAUGCUGGCGAUAUUUUGAAAGACCUGCCUGUUUUAGAAAGCAAUGAUCCUGCAGUUACUUCAUUUACUAAAUACAAGGAGUUUGAUGAGCUUUGUCACUGGCACUCUGGCAGACCUUUGACUGAGGAAUAUGAGCGAGUACAGUGCUAUGCUGAUGCAAAAUCCAAAGAUCCAAAAGAAAGAAGACAAAUACAAAAGUUACAGACUUUUCGUCACUUUUAUGGAAGCACUUUGGAAGACAGCACUUCAAAACUUAUUGUACAUCAAGAGGAUGUGGCACGGAAUGCUAAUGCUGCUGUCAAAAAGACACAAAAAAAGCAUAAAAGUAAAGCGGAAACAAUUGCAGAGGAAAACAACAGGCGACUAAAAAUUAAAGAAGAACAGAAAGAACAGGAGCAAUGGAAAGCCUUAUGUAUACCAACUGAAAAGGAAAUAAAAGCAAAUCUGACUGUUGGAAUAAAUAAAUUGGAGAAGUUUCUCAAGACCCUUAAAAGUAAAUCUGUGAAGUUCAGUGUAGAAAUGACAGGACUCUCUGCCUGUUUAGAAGUGUGGAAGGAACACUGUAGAGAGCAAGGUAACAAAUCUAAAGAUUUAAGCAAAGCUGUUCAUGUCAUGAGGAGAAUUCAUAUCCUACUUGAAAAAUAUCAAGAUCUCUUGGAGAAACCACAUCGACAAAAGCUAACCAGAUAUCUAAGACUUCUUGGAUUUGAGAAUUUGGCAUGCUCUCUAUCUGGCCAGACAGGAGAAAAUAAUGAUCAGAAUAUAAGCAAUUAUGCUAUUGAAGUGGGUCCAGCUCGCUUUCAGCUACAAUACAUGGAUUAUUACUUGCUCAGAGAAGAGAGAAAUGAUCCAGAUCCCCGAGUGCAACAUUUCAUACCAGACACAUGGCAGCGAGAACUUCUCGAUGCUGUAGAUAAUAAUGAGUCUGCAGUGAUUGUCGCUCCCACUUCAUCAGGAAAAACAUAUGCAUCAUACUAUUGCAUGGAAAAAGUUCUGAAAAUGAGCAAUGAUGGAGUAGUUGUAUAUGUUGCUCCUACAAAGGCCCUUGUAAACCAAGUGGUGGGAACUAUAUACAGUCGAUUCACCAAGAAACUUCCAGAUGGAUUGGUAGUGUGUGGAGUCUUCACGCGAGAUUAUCGCAAUGAUGUCAUGAAUUCUCAGAUACUAGUGACUGUGCCUCAAUGUUUAGAAAUCUUGAUGCUGUCUCCUCGUUGCCAGAAAUGGACCAAACGGAUACAAUAUGUUAUAUUUGACGAGGUCCAUUGUCUUGGUGGUGAAAUUGGAGCAGAGGUUUGGGAGCAUCUUCUGGUAACAAUUCGAUGUCCGUUUUUGGCGCUCUCUGCUACUGUCAGUAACCCAGAACACCUAACAGA